AUGAGCGGCGGCGUGUACGGCGGCGGUCGCGGUGUCCCCAAGGCCGACUUCCCCACCACGGUGGGGCUGCUGUCCCCGGACGAGGUGGCGCUGGAGCUGGACGGGGACAAGGACAAGAAGGGCGGGAAGGUUUAUUACAUCGACACCAACGCGCUGCACGUGGCGCGCGAGGGCGUCGAGGUCCUGUCCCCGCUCAAGAACGGCAUGAUCGAGGACUGGGAGUGCUUCCAGGCCAUCCUGGACCACACCUACGGCAAGCACGUCAAGUCGGAGCCGGGGCUGCACCCGGUGCUCAUGUCCGAGGCGCCGUGGAACACCAGGGCCAAGCGGGAGAAGCUGACGGAGCUGAUGUUCGAGCACUACAACAUCCCGGCCUUCUUCCUCUGCAAGACAGCCGUGCUCACCGCCUUCGCCAACGGCCGCAGCACGGGGCUGGUGCUGGACUCGGGGGCCACCCACACCACGGCCAUCCCCGUGCACGACGGCUACAUCCUGCAGCAAGGCAUCGUGAAGUCGCCGCUGGCCGGGGAUUUCAUCUCCAUGCAGUGCCGGGAGCUCUUCCAGGAGCUCAACAUCGACAUCGUGCCGCCCUACAUGAUCGCCGCCAAGGUGGGCGGGGCCGGGGUGGGCGUGGCCGGGGAAUCAGCCAAUCAGAUGCGGCAGGGGCAGG